AUGCAGGAGGAGCUGGCGUGGGAGACCGACGGCCUGCUUCCUCUGGAGAGGCAGCUCCACGAGGCCGCCCGCCAGAACAACGUCAGCAGGAUGCAGGAGCUGAUUGGGAGGAGGGUUAACACCAGGGCCAGAAACCACGUGGGCAGGGUGGCCCUGCACUGGGCUGCAGGUGCAGGGCAUGAGCAGGCUGUGCGUCUGCUUCUGGAGCACGAGGCUGCUGUGGACGAGGAGGAUGCGGUAGGGGCCCUCACAGAGGCACGUCUGUGUUUUGGGAUGAACGCGCUUCUCCUGUCCGCCUGGUUCGGCCACUUACGAAUCCUCCAGAUCCUGGUAAACUCGGGGGCCAAGAUCCACUGUAAGAGCAAGGAUGGCCUGACCUUACUGCACUGCGCAGCCCAAAAAGGCCACGUGCCUGUGCUGGCGUUCAUAAUGGAGGACCUGGAGGAUGUGGCCCUGGACCACGUAGACAAGCUGGGGAGGACGGCGUUUCACAGGGCAGCUGAGCACGGGCAGCUGGAUGCUCUGGAUUUCCUCGUGGGCUCUGGCUGUGACCACAGUGUCAAAGACAAGGAGGGGAACACAGCCCUUCAUCUGGCUGCUGGUCGGGGCCAUAUGGCUGUGGUGCAGCGACUUGUGGACAUUGGGCUGGACCUGGAGGAGCAGAAUGCGGAAGGUCUGACUGCCCUGCAUGCGGCUGCUGGAGGGACCCACCCUGACUGUGUGCGGCUCCUCCUCAGGGCUGGGAGCACCGUGAAUGCCCUCACCCAGAAAAACCUGAGCUGCCUUCACUAUGCAGCUCUCAGUGGCUCGGAGGAUGUGUCUCGGGUCCUCAUCCACGCAGGAGGCUGCACCAACGUGGCUGAUCAUCAGGGUGCCUCUCCUCUGCACCUCGCUGUGAGGCACAACUUCCCUGCCUUGGUCCAGCUCCUCAUCAACUCUCACAGUGACUUGAAUGCCAUGGACAAUAGGCAGCAGACACCCCUUCACCUGGCUGCAGAGCACGCCUGGCAGGACAUAGCAGAGAUGCUCCUCAUUGCUGGGGUUGACUUAAACCUGAGAGAUAAGCAGGGAAAAACUGCCCUGGCAGUGGCCGCCCGCAGCAACCAUGUCAGCCUGGUGGACAUGAUCAUAAAAGCUGAUCGUUUCUACAGAUGGAAGAAGGACCACCUUUCAUGCAGGGACCUCAGUGACCCCUCUGGGAAGAGCUUGUCCUUUAAGCAGGACCAUCGGCAGGAAACACAGCAGCUCCGUUCUGUGCUGUGGCGGCUGGCCUCCAGGCAUCUGCAGCCCCGUGAGUGGAAGAAGCUGGCAUAUUCCUGGGAUUUCACAGAGGCGCAUGUCUACGCCAUCGAACAACAGUGGACAGGCACCAGAAGCUAUCAGGAGCAUGGCCACCGAAUGCUGCUCAUUUGGCUGCAUGGCGUGUCCACGGCUGGUGAGAACCCCAGCAAAGCACUGUUCGAGGGCCUUGUGGCCAUUGGCAGGAGGGACCUGGCUGGCAGGAGUACAACGGCGAGAUCUCAGCUCACCUCAACCUCCGCCUCCUGGGUUGAAACGAUUCUUGUGCCUCAGCCUCCCGAGUAG